AUGAUGCGCGUACUCGAGGCCAACGCGCCUCCCAAGCAGACGGCCACCGACACAAUCAGCACACUCAGCAGCCGUCUGUCGAGCGCAACUCUCCUCGAAGACCGCCGCGCUGCCAUUCUCGGACUGCGCAGUUUUGCCAAAGAGUACCCUGCAUCCGUUGCUUCAGGUGCUCUGCGCGGGCUGAUAGCAUCCCUCACCAAGGAUGCGGACGAUGUGGACACGCUCAAGGUGGUGCUGGAGACGCUGCUUGCGCUCUUCCACCCCAAUGACAACAGCCCUGAGGCCUCAGAGGAGAUCGCCAUGUGGCUGGCGGACGAGUUCACCAUGCGCCAAGAUAACAUGACCGUGCUCCUCGACCUGCUCGAAACCCCCGACCUCUACUCGCGCCUCUACCCGCUCCAGCUGAUGCGCGCCUGCGCCGAAGCACGGCCAGAACGCACCCAGGAAUGCAUCCAGACUGCGCCCAUGGGCACGAGCCGGCUGGCUGCCAUGCUCGACGACCCUCGAGACAUGGUCCGCAACGAGGCACUCGUAGUGCUGUCCGAUCUUACCCGCUCCUCGUCCGAGCUGCAGAAGAUCUUCGUGUUCGAGGACGUGUUCGGGAAGGUCUUCAACAUGAUACACGGCGACGGUGGGCUUACACAGGGCGGCAUAGUGGUGCAGGACUGUCUCUCGCUCUUGGCGAACCUCAUCCGGUUUAACACAUCGAAUCAGACGUACUUCACCAAGAUGGAGUAUCCCGGCCAAUUCGUCAGCCUUCUUCCUGGUGGAAAAAAGGCAAAGAAGGCCAGAGGUGCCGUUGAAGAGGAGGAUGACUGGGUCAGUCCCCAGAGCGCCAAGAACAUCUGGGGUCUGCUCAUCAUCAUGCGCAUGUUCCUGGUCAAGGGAAGCGCAGCAACGCCGCAGAACCAGACUGCUUUCGUCCAGUACGGGCUCGUCAGACAGCUGCUGAACAUCGCGUUCGAUCCAGCAACAGCCAUGUUGAUCAAGGUCGAAGCCCUGAGCACCUGUGCGGACCUGAUCAGAGGCAACCCGCGAAUGCAGGAAGGUUUCGCUCAGGAGCAAGUGCGGCCUUUUGUUCAGCCUGCAACCAACGGUGUCGCAGACGUCUAUGUGAUCGAAGCACUCCUGAACCUUGUUUUGGCCCCAGCUUCGAAUGAGCUCUUCGAUAUUCGCAACGCAGGCGCAGACGUCAUCAAAGCCUACUUCCACAACCACCCUCAAAUCCGGGAACACUUCCUCAACCGCGCUAUCGGGGGCCAUGAAGCUGGAGAUGAAACGCAAAAUGCGCUGACCAUCUUAAUGGAAGGGUCGCAAACCUCGCCCGGUGACCCCUACCGGAUAUGGUUUGCAGCCACCCUGAUCUUCGACCUGAUCUUCGACAACUUGCACGCAAAACACACGCUGAUGCAAGUCAAGGAGGGCGAUGCAGAAAGUGGGGAGGAGGUCGUCACGUGCAUCCAGACUUUGACCGCCAAUCUGAUCGCGAGUCUGCAGCUUGAGGAAGACGAGCGAAUAUCGAUUGGCUAUCUCAUGCUUCUGCUAGGUUGGCUGUUCGAAGACGCUGCAGCCGUAGACGACUUCCUUGCCGAGGCGAGCAGCCUGCAAAGCCUUGUGCAAGCGGUGUUGAAACCCGGCAGCGACCAGACGAUCAACCGCGGCCUCUGCGCAGCACUGCUCGGCACAAUCUACGAGUUCUCAACGAGAGACUCGCCCGUGCCACGACGCGAGUUGCAGGGUACCCUCACCGGCAAGCUCGGACGCGAAAAGUACCUCAAUGCCAUCACCGAGCUACGCAACCACCCCCUCAUCCGCGACUUUGAGGUUCUGCCUCAACGAAGCGGAGGCGAGGGAAGCCUGCCGGAUGUGUUCUUUGUCGACACAUGCGUCGACUUCCUCAAGGACAACUUCAGCCGACUGAUCCGGGCGAUCGACCGCAACCCAAAUAUUGAGCAACAUCAAUCACAUGACGGUGUCGAUCGCGAUGUGGUGGAUGCGCUGCGGGGCGAGAUCGAUGGAAAAGAGCAUAGCAUUCAGGAGCUGAAAGCACAAUUGAUGGCACUAGAGCAGAAACUGGACCAGGAGCACGCCGACCACCGCAAGACACAACAAGCAGCAGACGAGCAAAGGAACACCCUUCAGCGUAUCAACGAUAAGCUACACAACGACCUCGAUAUCGAGAUCAAGGCCAAGGAUCGCGAACACAAAAAGUCAUCACUGGAGUUGGAGAAUAAGUACAACCUCCAAAUCGCAGCGCUCAACAACAAGCUUCAGCAGACGGCGAAGGAGUCGACCCUCGCUGUAUCACGGACAAAGCAGGAGUACGACGAGAAACUACACGAAGCGUACAGGUCUUCAACCGAACUACAACGCCGUCUCGAAUCUGCAGAGAAAGCCCGUUCGGAUGCUUUCGAGAAGAUUCAGCAGCUUGAGAAGGCACACCAACAGGCCCGCAACGAGCUUUCAUCUGUAAACGAAGCACUACGCAAGACGCAAGCGCAAGCGCAACAGCAUGAUGCUCAGAUUCAGCACCUUACCGAAGAGAAUGAGUCAUUGCAGUCGACAGUUGACAAGUUGAAGUCAGAGCACCAGACCGCUAUCGACAAGCUCAAGGCGGAGCACCAAGCCCACAUCCUCGAACUGGAAGCCGCAAACGAGGCUGCCAACCAGAGCGCACUUGACAAGAUGAAGUCGAGUCACCAGAGCGCAACGGACAAGCUCACGUCCUCGCACAAAUCCGAACUGGAGAAGCUGAAGUCCGAGCACAAGUCCGCGAGCGACAACGCCACUAAGCAGUCUACCGACCAAAAGUCUACAGUGGACAAGCUCUCAUCCGAGAUCACCGACCUCAAGACCAAACUACAAGACCAAACAUGGAAAGCCACCGAGGCGCAGCAGAAACUCACCAAAGCGGAAGCUGCGACUAAAGAGGCUCAAGAGAAGCUCAAGAAAGCAGAGGCCGCUGCUAAAGAGUCGAAUAAGAAGGACACCAAGGCGGACACCAAGGCUGCCGACGUCAGCAAGAAGCUCAUCAAAGAUCUGCAAGACAAGCUCAAGAAGUCUGAGGAGGCGGAGAAGGAGAAACAGACUGAGCUUGACGACCUGCUCGUUAUCUUGGGCGACCUCGAAGAGAAGAGGAGCGCGGACAAGAAACGACUCAAAGAGCUCGGCGAGGAGAUCAGCGAUGCUGAGGAUGACGACGAUGAUGAUGAUGAUGAUGAUGAUGAUGACGACGAAGAGGACGAGGAAGACGAAGAAGAGGAAACGUAG